UUGCGCGCGAAAUGGAAAAAGUGUAAACAACGAAAACUUGGAAAACAGUCUAGUUAUUCAAAUGGAACAAAGCAUUCACACGGAAUCGGGUAACAUUCAUUCAGAUGAAUUGAAACUGGAAGACAAAAGUGAUAAAGCAGAUUCAGGAAUGGACGAGGAUAGUCAGCCAUUUAAUGAACAAGGUAAUGAUGAUGACGAUGAAGAGGAAAUUGUCACAAGGAAACCAAGAACAAAGAAAGCUAUAUUUGAUGAUGAAGAUGAUGAAGACAGUAAAGAGUCCAACAAAGAGGAGAGAGGCGAAAAUGCAGAAUUGGUACCAGCUUCUACUUUAAAGACAGCAGAUGAAGUCCUUGAUGCUGUUAUGAAUGAUGAAUCAGGAUCAGAACAUAACGAUGAUUCCAGUAGUGAUGAAGAUGAUCAUGAACCCUUGUCGUCAACCAUAAAGAAAAGGAAAAAGAUUGUAAAAACAAGUAUAGAUUCAGACAGUGAAGAAGAUGCAGAUAAAAAAGAAACUGGUAACAGUCCUGCAGUUAUAAAGACAAAGUCUAUAUUUGGUAAUAGUGAUCUGUUUGAUGCAGAGGAAGAUAGCAACAGUGCAGCAAGGAACAGUGGUGAGGACACAGCCUCUGACAGUAAUAAUGAAGGAGGUGAUGAUGAAGGAUUUGAUGAAUCAGCAAUUGACCCGAAAUUAUUAAAAAAGCUUAAAAUGGGAGCUUCCAAAAAGGCAACAAUGUCAAAGAAAAAGAUUGAGCAGGAAGACAAAUUAAAACUACACAGUGAAACUCAAAGAAUCAUCAGAGAAUCAAGAGUCAAUAUACCAUACCAUCAGCCUGAACCUAAGCGUUUACAAGACUUUUUAGCAAGAGCUACGAAUAAGCAACAGCAGUAUAGGAGUUUACGAGGGACCAGGGACUCAUUGAAGGCCAAAGCAAUUGAAGAAAUACUAACUAAGGCUAAAUUGUCAUCCAAGAAAGAGGAUAUUACUGUCCAAAAGGAUGAUAAUGUGACAUUGAUUGAUAAACCAGUUAAUAGUGACGAUAAAGAUGCUGUUUCUACAGAAAGACUUAAUGACCAAAAUGAAAAACCUGAUGGAGAGGAAAAACUGUCUCAAAAACAGACUGGAACUACAGAAUCAUUGACAAGUCAAAAAGAUGAUGAUUGUGACAGUCUACCAGAUAUAACUGAUCAUGUGACUAGUGAUAAAAUGGAUUUAGAUGAAUCAGUAGAAGAAAACAAAAGUGCUGCAAUUUGUACAGAUUCUAUAAAUAACACAGAUUGUGAUAAAAUUGAAAGUGAAAGUAAACCGUCCAGUGAUUCUGUGUGUGAGGAGGCAGUUGAAAAUACUGCUAGUGUUAAAUUGGACAGUGAAAAUAAGGAGAACGAAUGCUCAGAAACUUUAGAAGAUCACAGUAAAAAUUUGCCAAAACCUUUAAAUAAAAAAUUAGCAAUAUUAGCAGAACUACCCUCUCUUCCUAAACUAAGUGUAGGCCCAGAAGACAUUAUAGAUUUAGAGGUGAAUAAUGUACAACCUAAAAAUCCUGGUGUUAAUAAACUGAUGGACAGAUUUAUGGCACAUGCAAAGAAAAAACACAAACAUGUACAGAAAGAUGUGGAACUAAGUGUUAUACAUAAAGAAAAAACAGAAGCUGACAAAGAAGAAUUAAAAUUAAACACAUUUGUCUAUCAUGUUGAGGAGAAGGAAGAUUCCAUGAGUCAGUUUGAUGCUCCAGGAGCGAAACUAGUAGCAUUGAAAGAGAAACUACAGCAAAAAAUGAAGGUUAAGAGAGAAGAGCAUAGGAAACAAAGACAGGAGAUAUUUGACCUUGAUAAUGAGGAAGGUUAUGCAGAUGAUGGAGAAGACAAAGUGUUGGAUGACGAUGAAGAAAUGACUGAUCAGUCGGAUACAGAUGUAGAAGACGAUCAAUUUGAUGAGGAAUUUGGCGAUGAAGAAUAUGAGGGCGACGAAGAAGACAAAAAAGAGAAAAACCCGUUCUGUGAUGAUGAGGCUGAAGUAGAUGAUGAUGAAGAUGAAUCUGAAUUCAGACUACAUAUGUCUGAUAGUGAAGAUGGCAAUGAUGGAGAUGAAGAGAAUGAGGAUGAAAAUGGAAAAGAAGAAAAUAGUGAUGAUGAAGAUGAUAUUAUAAAAUCAAACAAGCCAUCUUCUCUGAAAAAGAAACCAAGAGUUCUACAUAUAAGUGAUGAUGAAGAAAGCAAACAGUCAGCACCAGCUAAUGUUGAGGACAGUCAGCAGUCGGCAGAAUUAAAUAGUGAUCAUAAUAAAGAAAGUAACAAAGAACAAAAAUGUAAUGAGUCUAUAGAAGAGGAAGCUUUUACACCAUUUUCCAAACAUUUAUCAGGAUUGGACAAUACCCAGCAGCCAUUAAAGAAAAGUCUAUCAUUGCCAAUAGAAGAAUCUCAGGAUCUAUAUGGAAAGAACAGUGCUACCCAGGGAAAUAACUUUUACAUAGAGGAAUCACAAAUGUUGGAUGCUGAUGGAUUUUUGAAAUUUGGAUCUGAGAAAAAACCACAGCAGUCAAGAUCAGAUUCACCCAACUUUAAAAACUUAAUACAGAGCCAAGAUACUGGUGACAUGGAUGAAUUGCUGGGUCUAUGCUCAGGACGAUUUGCAGAUGAUGACAAAAGAACACCAUCCUGCAAGAACUUAUUUGGAUUAAACUCACAAACAGCACCUGACAGUACACAGGGUAACAUGGAGGAACUAUUAGGAUUAUGCUCAGGGAAAUUUGUCUCAAAUACACAAGCCACACAGAAGCCGUCAAGGAUCAAACGCAAGGCUGACUUUGAUGAGGACAGCAAUUCAUCAUUGCAGAUGGUUAGUGAGGCUGAGGAAGAGGAGUUUGAUGAAAAACAGAAGAAAACCUUCAGCGAUGAUGAACCAGAUAAUGAAGAUGGUGAUACUAAUUCAGUUCAUUCAGAAGAAAACAUUCGUCCAUUUAAAGGAUUGGUUUCUGGAAAGACAGGAAAAAUCCGGAAAGAGUUUGUGGAUGAGGAGGCAGAAUUGUCAGGUAGUGAAUAUGACAGUGACGAGAAUGUAGAUCUAGCAGAGGAAGAUGAUAUAAUGGAAGCAGAAUUAGGUGAUGCUGAUGUCACAGCUACAGAAGAUGAACUUAGAGACCAAGUUGGUAGAGCUCAUUUGAAGCAGUUGAUAGAUGAUGACAAACGUGAAUUAAUGAGAUUCCAGGAAAUGUACCUCCCUGAUGGAGAUUUACACUCAGAUGCUGGCAGACUGAGGAGGUUUAAGUGGAGUAAUAUUGAUGAUGACACACAGCAGGAUAUGUUCUAUGACCAGUCUGAUGAAGAGAAAGAAGAUGAAGAAGGGGAAGAGGCAAAAUGGAGAAAAGACAGAUUUGAAAGAGAAAAAUGGCUUCAGGAACAGCAGAUGGAGAAUGAAAAAGCUGAAGAUGAAGAUAGUCAGUUCUUGAAAUUGGGGAAAGUAUUUUUAAAGAGAAGAGAUUCUGAUUCAACUUUGUUAAAGAAACCAGAACCUGUUCCUGCUAAAACAGGGAAGCAGUCCACAGCAUUACCUGUCCCAAAAUUAUCAUCUAGUCAAAGAAGAGGAUCAUUUUUGUGCAGAGAUAAGGAUACUCUAGCAAAGAUUGCUAACAUGGCAAAACCAACAGUUAAUCCUUCAGGUGCCAGGAGUUCUGGGAAAUUUACCUUCCAAGUGAUAUCCCCUGAUAAAGAUUCUCAGGCAAUGCCUGCACCUGCAGAACCUAAAGUCAAGAGAUCCACUAGCAUGCAACCACCUUCAAAGAAACCAAGAUUAGAACGAAGUGCUUCAUUUUCACAGAGUAGCAUAUUUAACCAUUUGUAAGGUUCAGUUCUAAAUGCAAAGAUCUCUUGAUGUGCUUUGGAAGACAUUAUAAGCAGUUCGACU